UUUAUACACUGAUACACCCAUUCUCCUUGCUCUAGUUGACUUGCUGCUUGUACCUAACUUGUAUGGUUUUUCUUUUCAAUUCCUUUUAUAAAGUCCUUCUUUCUUUAUUGUGGUCAGCUUAUCAGUUCUUCUAAAAUCCAGACAGACUAAUAGUAUAUCAUGGCAGAGGCAGAUGAUUCAGCAAGCAGAAUUGGAUACAUAUCUCAUGCAAUUGAUAAGAAAGACCUCAAACCUGGUGAUCAUAUUUUUUGUAAUAGACUUUUAAGUAUUUACAAUCAUCACGGCAUUUAUAUUGGUGAAAGAGAUUGUGAAGUGAUUCAUUUUAGUGCUGAUGAAAAAGGGUUAUUACAAAAGAAAAAAGGACGACAAAGCAAUGAAAUAAUGACAAAAGUUGCAAUGUUGGCAAAGAAGCGUGAUGAAUUGCCAGAAGAUUCAGCAGAGGCUACAAAAAUCCAGCUACAAAUAGAUAAAAUACAUGGGCAUAAUCGUCCGGUUUGCAUAAAAUCAACUACUCUAGAUAACUUUCUCCAUGGUUCUAAAGUUCGCUUGGUGUCAUAUGGUAGCAGUCGAAUAAAAAAAUUAUUGUCUUUUGUUGUUGAUGCUGUUCAUAAAGUGAAGGCAAUGCCUCCUUCAGAAACAGUUAAGUUGGCUCAGCAUUUUUUAAAACAUCCAGUAGAGUGGGGGAAUUAUAGUCUCACAGGUAACAAUUGUGAAACAUUUGCUUGCUUCUGUAAAACUGGUCGGUUGGAUAUAGCAGCACAGCUUCAUCAAUUUGAUAGAAACUUUGUAUGCGAAACAGAUAGUCGUACACCUUACAGUACUGCUAUGGAAGCACUGCAAAAGUAUAGAGAAAAAAGAACCAAACCUAGAUCUAGUUUGGUGUCCACAGAAAUAACAUUAUGGAUGUAUCCAUCAUUAUUACAUUUUCACAUCGUGUGCUUUGUUUCAUUUUAUUUCAUAUCAAUAAUUGUAUAUUUAUUCUAUCAUAUCAAAAAUAAAUAUUUGUAGAAUUUAUUUUUGUAUAGCAAGAGUAAUGAUCGCUGUAAAACUA